CUUUCUUCCUGUAUCAGUUGGACAGGGGUUGUUGCGGCUAAAGCUAGAGUCUCGUGAUAUCGAGUCGAGGGGUCUGAGGCAAUCCUACUUUUGUUGUUGUAACUAAGUGUGAACUUACCCUAAUGGACCCUUCGAGUUCUACAACGAAUAGCAUCCGACAACCCAGUGGACUCUAGCUUCCGCGCGCAGGCGGUGAGGAAGACUGCGAAGUAGAGUCCACUGGCAGCGUUGGGCGGUGAGGAAGACUGCGAAGUAGGCAGAUCGCACUAGCUGUAGAAUAUUAGAGGCGCAAAUAAACGCAGAUCAACACAAAAAAAAAGAACGAGUAUGAAGACGUAGACGACUGUCGCUUGAUGCAGGGUCGCGCCACGCAGUGCAGGACGCGAAGUGUCAUGCGGGUCAUCAGUGUCAUCGCAGGUCAGUUGGCAUGAGACGUUUUAUGAGUGAAUAAUGCUGGAUUUCCACAUCUGGGAAAACGAACAAAGCCUUCCACUUCGACUUCCCGGGAAAAAAACUUCGACUUCGACUUUCCGUUUGCCACCGGCACGCUGAGGCACAGUGACGCGUGUUGCGAGCGAGAAGAGUAUAGCAGCUUCGUCGCGAACUUAAGGCACGUACUAGGUGAAGCCCGAACAGACGCGCACUAGCAAUUUUGCCGAUCUUGUCGUGGGACGACAAAAAUCAGGACUAUCGUCUUCGCCGAAUCGGAAGCUGGAGCUGCAACAAGCAGAAGUUACCAACGAGAACGACAUCAGAUAGCGAGAAAGUAAGAACGAUAGCGAUCAUGCGUGUUUUUCAUCCUACAACUCCGCCGCCGCAGGAGAAGCAGUGCGGAACGAGCUUCUAGAAGUUGCUAGAAGAAGACGUGCUGUGGUCCACUCUUUUUGUUAGCACCGCGUCGUGUGGUUCUUGGAGGAAAGAUGAAGAUGGCAUACUAUAUUAGGUACAAAAAAUAGCUGCACCUUUUCCGCUCCACUUGAGCGGCAAAUCCGCUACCGGCUGCUUCAGCAUGACGAUAUACAACAAGAAGAGGUGCAACUGCAGGUACUAUCUAUCUUUCUCCAUAGCCUCUUUAGCUGACGAGCGGCAAGGAAUCGCUUUUACCUGCUCUUAAAUAGCGUAAGCAGCAGAGCGUUCCAGGGACGAGGUAGAAAACGAAGCAAGUCCUACGACGCAGGGAGGAAACGAAGCAACGAAACAGGCUUUCAUAGAUCACUCUGCAGCAAGCAGAAAAAUCUAAAUCUUCGAAGACGAGACUGCUACAUCAACGACAACUACGAGGAACUACCAGUACAAACUUUAUCGAACCACCGCGACCAUCUGCAGCAAUUUUGGAAGAAGUAGAAGUACGCGGACUGUGCAAGACGAGGUAAGUAUAAGUAAUAAAGCUGAGGAGAUUUUCCUGGGAAAUCUUAGAUCAUAUCCGAGUCGACUAAGAUCGUCAAUAACUACGCAGAGGAGCGCGGCGCUGAUAGCAGGCGCGUUAGAUCGGGAAAAUGUCGUCUGCCAAUGUCUGUGGGAUUUUCGCUGCGAGCGGUGAAAACCCAUGGAAGGAAAUAAUGUCAUCAGACCCGGAUCGCCCAUGGAGACGGAACAUAACUAGUGCGGACAUGGCGUACUACUACUAUCUGUUAUUUGUAUUUUGUUACAACUCCUCGUAGGCAUAUCUAGUAAGUUGCGAUAAAGCAGCAUCCCCAUAAUUAGAGUUAGAAGAUCGAUGAAGAGAAAGAUACAAAAGAUGUAAGACGCUUGCUUAUUUUGUUUCUCUAACGACGAUGGAAAACACUGAUCUUCUUGACCACGUCGGUUUCAUUUCCACUCACAAUCCCAACCUUGCUUAUGCUUUCCACCUUUUACCUACCUAGGCGCUUAUCCUUGAACAAGAGGCGGCUGUUAGACAAGAGCGAUCCGAGGUACGCAAUCCAGUAUAUGAGGUUAAAGUUGCACUCGCGGCAAGCGCGAAGCUCGAGGUCCGUAGAUUCAGCUCAAAGUAGUCUUUACGACGCCGACGAGCAUGAUAUAGAGUGGUACAGAGACCCUGCGCACAGGUGGAGUCGGAAACGAUACUGCUCUUUCUGGCCGCACCAACACAACAUACGGCUGGAGCAUCAUGCGAAUACGUAACAAUAAAUACAUUCACUCGUAGUUCCAGUACAACUUCGACUUCGUUUUUUUUUUCUGGUGGAAAUAAACAAACAUCACCACGACAAGUACUAAGUCCAAAACCUCCAGUUUAAGAUCCACAACAUCAAUUAGACGAUGAACAGGGUCAUUGUAGUCUUCUCAUUUCUCCAGUAACCUCAAUUUCAAAUCCAAUGUAGUAUGCCAACUGAAAUUUUUUCUUAACAAGUAUUCUCAUCAAAAAUCAAAAACUCCAAUUCUAGACUCCGCUUUCCCGAAGCAAAUAAGCCGAGUCAUCUAGACGAUAGUAUGUCACCUGAGGACUUUUCUCCACGUGACGCGACAUUUGACGGCUCCGGGUGGCAACGGCGGUCUAUAACAAGAGGCGGCGAAUAUUCGCCGAAUUCAAGAACUGGUAUUCUACUGCAUGAAUUUAUCUCGAUUGGUUUUUCUUCUUCUUCGAGGAUUAGUUUCACCUAAGUAGGAUACCAACUUGCAAGUGUUGAUAGAUGUAGUCACGAUCCUCAUCGAGCUCGUUGUAAUUCCGGAUAAAAAAUCUACUACUCCCAUGUCUUCCUCUAACCAACUACAGGUCGCCUAGAGACGUCCACCUCUUCGAAAAACGCAUCCGUGGAUUUCUCGUCAAUGUUUGAUAGUUCGUGCUACAACGAAGAUGACGAUUUUAGUGUCGGACUUGCGACUUCUAUAGUACUAACUAUGAGUUGAGUAACUAACGUGACUAUGUUGAGUUAGAUAAAGAUAUGUUGUAGACAUUUUCGUAAGUAGACAAUGUUAGUGCGUCGUGUCAGACUUGGACUUGCUUUGGUGAUACUGACUACUCCUACUACUUGUUACUCUCAUCAUUCUUGUACCUCGUCACUGUCUGAUGAUGAAUCCAUCGAACAUCGUUUAAUGAUGAAUCCGAACAUCGUUUUUCAGCGCGGUUCAAGAGGCUACCGAUUACGGGAAGGAGUUUUGCCGCCACAAACAGCACCAAGUGCGACUAGUGGACGUACCCUCCGAGUCUCGAGAAACGUUCACUUCCGAGGAAGCUAUGUCAACAAUAGGACGAGGUAAGGAUUAUACUUAAGGAAGACAUAGCUAUAGCAUUAGCAUUACAGAAUAUUUACUAGUAUAAUGUAUUUUUUUACUGAUGAAAUAGAAAAGCUGGACAUGAUUGUCAUGAUCACACUGCCAGUUCCAACACUAACAUCUACUUGUUUACCUCCCAGAUACUUAUUUACUUGUGUAUACACGACAUGCAUAAGAGCCCCAUCAGAUGUUACAUUUUUUCAUAACAGACCAACAGCAUCGCGUUUUAACGCGCCAGGGUUCGAUUUUGGUAGGGCGUAUGAUAAUGCGGGGAUUCUAGGAUACAGAGCAGGAGCCUAUCCAAGUCCACGUAAGGCUGACGGAUCGCCAACCCAUGUGCCGCGCGACGAGACAUCGAGUUCGAGCAUAAAGAAUAAGAAUGUGGUACUUGUUGUUACUUCGGACGAGAAUUUAUCAUUUCUUGAUAGAAAUACAGUGAAGUGAAGACGACGAGCUGGAGGUCGUGACUAAAGACUAAUGUACUUAGCUGCUACUAUCGGUGGUAAAAACGUAAACGAAAAUGACACCAGCUCUAGUGCUACAACACGUUGAUAAUUUGGAUCUUCUUUCUCAACGUCUUAUCUGUACUUAUUCCUAUGCCUAAUAAAUAUCCACAAACAACACAGUCCGGACACGAAUGGCGGAGAAAGAGGGGAAACUUUUUCGAGCGGCGGACAAACGUGGUCGAUCAUAGUUAUAACGGAUUCUGGCCAGAGGUAUUGCUUUUGCUUCAUCUAGGGUCGUCCAUAUCGAUAUCUGUGAGACAUUGACAUUCUCAUUUCGAUUAUCAUCAGACACGGGGACUGCAAGUACGCUGUGGUAGUGGAGAUCAGAGAUGAUGCAUCGAAUCAAAUUAGACUUCUAUAUAUCGUUCUGGGACAACCUCAACUACUGGUGAGUGAUGUUACAACAUCGAAGACGAUGGAGAUCGAAUUUUCUUGAUCUUUAUCUUGUUGAUCUUCAUCUUCUUUCUAUUCCUAACUCCCCCUCGUCUCACUCUUCAGGAUUGGUCACCUGUCGGGAAGAUAGCACGACUACAAAAAGUUCGAAAGGAGUUGGCAUUUAGACAGGAGGAGAGGCGGCGAGCCGAUCAGGCCCUGUGGGAGAAAACCCUACGACGACUCCAAGAAACGCGAACCUACGACGACUUCCACUCAUCGAAGUUUUAUUCGAGACCAAAUGAGUACUAGCUUUUUAGAUACUAGUGUGUGUCUGUGUGAAGAUUUUUUAUUUUUGCUUGUGAGUCGUACUUGUACCUCUUCGUCAAUCCCCUCCAUCUUCGAGAGAUAGUUUCUUAGAAUUCAUCGAAUUCUUGGCAUCAAAUACGAUGAUCGAUAAAUAUAGUACGUAAACAACACUAGCUCGCUGGCACAAAAGCAACGAAAAUAGACAAUUCUACUUCAGGCCCAUCGCUGCGCAAAAAACUCUACACCGGCAAUUGACGGAGCCAGCACGUCUUGCGAAAGAGCCCCUCUUCACUGCAGAGUAUGAGAAUUGA